AUGAAGAACGGAAAUGGGGAGGACUAUGAUGUGCUGGUUGUUGCCGGAGGCAUGUAUAGGCUCAUUACAGCCUACACGUAUCUCAAAUUGGCACCCGAGACGAACCUCCUUAUUCUCGAUGACGGUCGAUCGGCGGGGUCUGGAGCACCGAGCGCAUCUACCCAGACCUUUUUGCACAGGUCGGCCACGAAGACGGGCCUGAGCCCGGACUGGUACAUUUCGUCUCAGACGAUCCACAACUAUCUCCAGUCUUUUGCCGAGGACCAUGACCUCGUCAGGCGUAUCCAUCUGCCACAGAAAGUUGCGAAAGCAAACAAGAUUGGCGGGAAAUGGGUUCUGACGCUCAAUGACGGAGCCUCUCAAGCGUCAGGGGCAAAGCUAAUUGUGGCAACGGGUGUCACGAGCGGUGCGUAUGUGCCCGAAUUUCCGCAGAAAGGGUUCCAUAAGCCAAUUUUGCAUUCCUCGGAGCUGGGAAAGUACAUAUCGUCUCUCAUCGGACCAAACAUACAACGAGUGACAGUUCUUGGAGCCGCCAAGUCUGCGUACGACACCGCCUUCAUGUUGAUCAAAGUCGGGAAACAACUCGACUGGAUUAACCGUGAGAACGGCUCCGAAGUGAGAAAAGAACCGUUGACCCGUCAAAUUUGA